ACACUAAUAUCCUUCCUAGGGUGUGGGUCCAUUUUCCCUUUCCCCACAGCCAGCCGCUGGCCGAGGCAGACAGGGAUAGAAAGAGAGGGGAGGAGAGGCCACCUGCUGAAUUAAAACAUGUCGGAUGCUGACUACGACGUAAUCUGGGCCAUAAAGAACGGAGAUGUGGAGGCUGUGAAGAACUUUGUGGAACAGGGUGUCGAUGUGACCAAGUUAGAAGUAGCUGGUCGGAAGGCCAUUCACUUUGCAGCUGAUUGUGGUCAGCUUGAGGUUCUGGAGUUCCUCAUUUAUAUGGGAGCUGAGAUUAAUGCUCCAGAUAAACAUGGUUACACGGCACUUCUGUCAGCAAUCUACGAGGGACAUGUAGACUGCGUGAAAUUGCUGGUAUCCAAGGGUGCAAAUAAAACCGGGAAGUGCCCUGAAGGAAGGAGCUAUUUGGAAGUUGCUGAAAGCCCUGAAAUGAGAGAACUUCUCAAGUGACGGUUGUCGUGCUUUGCUGUGGCCUUGCACUGCGCCAUCUCAUUUCUUUUUUUUCUUCUCAAUUCUUUCUGCUUCGGAGUGCAUCUUUUAAUUCUGACUAAACAGACCAGUUUGUAGCGUAUUUUUGUACAGUUACAGACAUCUUGGUUAACGUAAAUAUCAAGUUCUUGCACAGCGUACAAUGGACUGACUCUACAUCUCUCUAGGAUAGUUCAACACAAAUAAAUUGCUGCAAUUAUUGAAGGCAGUUUAUAUCACAAUUAUUCUACACAUGUCCAUCUUACUGAGUCACCUUUAUUCAAACAUGUUUUCCUACGUUGUGGACAGAGUGAAGCAGAUGUUCUUUUAAAUGAUUGUAUUGAAAAGUUUUCCAUCAAAAGCUUGUGUUACCCUCCUCCAUGCAAUAGUCUAAACAUAACAGAUCAGUUCUGAAAUUUGAAGAUUUUUGGCAGUUGCAGUGCCUCACUAAUUUGAAGACAUCUUCUAAAUGUUUUCUGUUUUUUGACCUUUUUUGAGUAUUGAUUAUCAUUGUAAACCAUAAUGAUUUGUGAAAGUUUUAUUAAAAAUUUCAAUGCUAAGGAUGAUCGUGAUGAUAACAAUUGGAUUAUUGAGUGAACUAUCACUACUCCUGUUGCAUAAUCAGUGACUUAAGAAAUCUGUUUUAAUAAAAUAAAGAUGUGUGUAA